AGUCACCGUAGCCAAAAUGCUCCCUAUUUAUACGUACAACCUAUACAACCUACCGCUGUUAUCCACUAGCACAAAGUACAAACUGCAUUCACCGGAGGAAAACCUAACCGCACCCAAUGGCAUCCAUUCCCUCCCCGCCCCCCGCCGUCCUGCCGCUCUCCACCCCUCAAGCCACCACCGCCACCGCCACCGCCCAACAAACCUCCGCAAUCCGUACUUUCUUCACCGGCGUCUCCGAAACCGUGCGCACCGGCUUCGCCAACCGCCGCCCCUGGCCGGAGGUUCUCGACCGCUCCGCCUUCUCCAAACCUGAAUCCAUGUCCGACGCGACGCACCGAAUCCGGAAGAAUUACAACUACUUCCGCGUUAAUUACCUCACCGUAAUCACCUCCGUGCUCGCAAUUUCGCUUCUGACGAAUCCUCUCUCCCUCGUCCUCCUCGCCGCUCUCCUCGCCGCCUGGCUGUUCCUCUACUUCUUCCGCCAGUCCUCCGAUCCGAUUACGCUGUUCGGUCGCCAAUUUUCCGAGCGCGAGACGCUGUUCUUCCUCCUCAUCUCCACCGUCGUCGUCAUCUUCCUCACCAGCGUCGGAACCGUCCUCGUCUCCGCGCUCAUGGUCGGCGUUGCUAUUGUAUGUACGCACGGUGCGUUUAGGCUUCCGGAAGAUCUCUUUCUCGACGAGCCAGAGCCUCAGAACGGAGCCUUUGGUUUCCUCUCGUUCCUUGCCGGCGGUCCAACAACCGCUUCGCAGCCGGCGGUCGCCGUUCCAGCUAGGGCAUGAGGUAUUUCACCAUUUAUUUAGGUAAUUGAUUAGCCAAUUUUUACCUAAUUUUUUUUCAACAGAAUUAGGUCUCCGGUAAAAGAAAUUUUUAUGCACACAAUACUAGUUGCCUUUUGUUGUACUAUUUGUUCCUUCUCCUAUGAAUUGAAUUGAGUGAAUACACAAUUCUUUGCUUAUCAUUCGUCUAUGCCUUUUCGUUAUGUCAUCGAAAAUUCACAAAGAAUCUAUUCUGAUUUUCAUAUAUUCUCUAAUAGUGCAUCUCUUUGAUCAAGAAAAACAAACAGAAUUGAAUGGUAUGAAUGGCUUUGUAUUACGAGGCAAUUCUGUUCUUAUAGUCCUCCAUACUUUAGUGGAUUCAUAGCUUUGAUUUUCUGCUGAUUUCUGUUGUAAAAUUUGUAUUAGCAUUGCAUUUAUAUAUAUGGAU